GUGACCUAUAAUAUUUGAAUACAUCUUCAAAUACCACCGCCUCGCGGCGCCACAGGCACGGACAUCGGGCGCGCUCGGCAUACCUCGCUCACCUUCGUGUUUCGGGCGUCAUCGGCGCUCAAUCGUGGAUCAUCGAUUUUCUCGAUUCACCAGACCGAUUUUGCUUUCCACGCAGAGAGGCCGCGCGCACGCUCCGUGAAAUCUAACUCGUAAUCUAGAAUUCCUAGUGCUCAACUGCUAUUUUCUUACUUCUUGCCUUAUAACUUUAACUUUUCUCUUCCUCUCUGCUUGCUAACUGUUUUCUAGUACUUUUACUUCCUACUACCUUGUUCUAUCUCUGUAAAAAUCUGUGUUCGAAAUAAUAACGUAAUUUAGUUGUUUCUAUCGGCGUUUAAUUUAAAUACCCUAAACGACCGUUAGGCUGAAGUUAGGUUCAGGUUAGGUACACACGGUCUAAUCUACCUACAGUGGUGACCCCGAUAUUGGACAAAAUGGAGAAGAACAGCGGUGAAAGGGAAAUUAGUGAGCUACCGACUUCGGAAGGAAGAAUAUCUUCGGAGCUGUGCAGGGUUGCAGUUCGCCUACCACCUUUUUGGCCAGAAGAACCGGCAUUAUGGUUUGCACAAUGUGAAGGUAAUUUCGUGCUUUCUAAUAUCACAAGUGACGUCACAAAAUUCUAUUACGUGGCUGCUCAGCUCGACCACACCUAUGCAGUUGAGGUUAAAGACAUCAUCAAAAAUCCUCCUGAGACAGGCAAAUAUGAAAAAUUAAAGACUGAGCUUAUUAAACGGUUGUCUGCAUCGCAAGAAAAAAAAGUAAAACGCUUACUUAUGCACGAGGACCUUGGCGAUAGAAAACCUUCACAGUUUUUAAGGCGAUUACAAGACCUAGCUGGCCCUUCAAUCCCCAACGAUUUUCUACAAACUAUAUGGUCAAGUCGUUUACCACAAAAUGUACAAACUAUUGUUGCUUCGCAGAAUGACUUACCUUUGGAAAAAUUAGCAGAUUUGGCGGACAAGGUACAUGAGAUCGCGCCUGCAACCCCGCAAGUGGCCAGCACGUCUACCGAAGCUUCAUCAUCAGAGUACCAGCUAAUGGCUAAGCAGAUAAGUGAACUGACCAGGCAAGUAGCUUCACUUACUAGUAGACUAGAGGGUAACUCACGAUCACGGUCUCGGUCUAGAUCAAAUUAUAAAGGCCGGCGUGGCAAUUCUCGGCCACGAGACCCACCAGCCGACCAUCCACAUUGUUGGUACCACUACACGCAUGGCUCUAAAGCAAAGAAGUGCGUUCAACCUUGCACAUAUUCAUCGGAAAACUCUCAAGGCAGCCGGAAAUAGCGGCCAACGACUGCCUACCACUUUCAGGCCGCCUGUUCGUUACUGACCGUU